AUGCAGCCCACAAGACCCACGCCGAGGGCGCCAGGGAGCUUCUCGCCCCUGCCUGCUAGCAACAACAAUAACACCCACAAUCAGACCUCGGCAAACUCGCUGUCGAGCGACGAGCCCGCGCCCUUGAACAUUGUCAAGACGCGCAAUCCCGCUGCGCCAUCGCCGACGCCCAUCUACGCUAGCUUUACCUCGGGCACAAACACCAACGCCAGCAGCAGUACUGCUAGCCUACAGAAUUUCUCGCGACCAACUGUCUCGACUGCGGUAUCGGCCGCUCGGUCCGUCGCGGGCGCACAAUCACCCACGGACGGGCUCCCACGCAACGGCCCGUCGCCUCUCACGCUCCCUCCCGCGCACUCGUCUCCGGUGACACCAACCUAUUCCUCCGCCCGUGGGGUCAGCCACUCGCGCAAGCACUCGCAGAACGCCGGCCUGUUCGAGCCCACUCUACCGUCCACAAGCACGUCCAACCUGUCGCACGUCGGCCUUCCGAACCACUCCCCGAAACCGAGCCAGAUCGCUGCGCAAGCCGCCGUGAUGCAGCAUCAAAAUCAGCAGCAGCAGCAGCAGCAGCAGCAGCAGCAGCAGCAGGCGCAACAGCAGGCGCAACAAGCACAACAUGCGCAGCAUGCGCGACAACGGUCACAGACUGCGCCGGGGCCUCCUGGGGAGGAUCCGCCGCCGAACAAACGGAACAGUGGAACUUCGAUGCCCUUGAACCCGCCGAUGUUGAGCCUGACAGAGGCCAGCGUGCCCCGAGACAAUGCCUUUGGGGGCCAAACAUAUCAUAACGGUCUCGUUGGGAACCACACAUUGGCCGCAACGGCCGCCGCCAAUAUGGUCUUCCCAAGGUCUGCGCAAGCAUCUCCCGCGGUCCCCCCGCAAGCGUUCAGCCCGCAGCCACCCCCUCCGCCCCCCGCGUCCGAGAAGCCCACCAAACCGGAGAAAUCCAAGGUUAAGCUCUUCUCACGACAAGUCAAGAUUGGUAGCAGCAAAAACGACAGCAAUAAAGACAAACCGCUUCCCAGCCCGGGAAAGGUCGGCCAUGCCUUCGCCAACCUACAACGAGGAAACUUCAGCACGACAAGCCUCGACUCUACCGCUCAGGCAUCGUUCUACACGCUACCUAACUCGUCGGCCGCGACGAUACGACCUGCUGAUAUGCCGGCGGAAAAGGAGGGCAAGGAGGGGAAAGAGAAGGAGAAGCGGCAUCACUUUUUGUCGAGGCAAAAGCACAAGCUUAAGGAUGACCGCCAUCUCCCGCUUUCUUCCGCCAUGAGCAACUCGCGGCCAACCGACCCGAGUGCCCCAAACAGCCUCUACAGUUUCAACCUACCACAGAGCCCGGGUCCUAGCACCACGAGCUUCAAGUCCGCGCUUGACUUGCGGCAUGGUGGCCGAGCGUUCCGUGAGAAAAGGAAGGAAGAAAAGUCGUUCGACGAAGCGGCGAGUACGGUUGCCGCCAGCGAGUGGCCGGGCUCGAGCAGCGUGACGUCGGGGUCUAACACCAUGGCCUCGACGCUAUAUCUUAACGAACCUUUCGACGGCCACAAGUACGGCUUAAACAACAUGACUCACGAUGACGCCUGGCCAUUUUUGAAGGCCAAACUGCUCGUGGUCUUUGAGGCUGAGGAUCUACGUUUACCGGUGGAGGACUUGAACCGCGUGGUCACCAUGCACAUUCAAUACUGCCUCGCUCGGCGCAGCCCCAAUAUCAUUCUCGACGAUCUAAGGGAGCUGCUAUCCACCGGCUUUUCCAGUCUCGACCACACCCUUCGCAAAACGCCGGAAGAUAGGCUGAUUCCGGCGCUGGUAGAGCUGUGGAUCUUCACGUUCACGAGUAUCCUUCCAUACAUGCAGGCCGUAUUCUUGCCUCUGGACUUGGAGUUCUCCGGCCACGGGCCCCUCAUGACCUCGGAACAGGCUCGUGACUUUUGGGGCGGUAUUCCUGCGACGACCUCCACUAAAUCAGAUCAUUCCACCUCGACCACACAGAGACCAGGCCGCAGCUACAGCGUGACUGUCUCGCCAGCAGCCUCCAUCCUUGAAGUGCGCCGUUUCGUCCUUCUCGCGUUCCGUGACAUCGUUAUCCUCCCGCGCUACGACACUCUUAAGACCAUGUUCUCGCGCCUCUCGCUCGAGUUCCUCCCUCAGUCCCUCGCGUCCAUGGCACUCGGGUCUCCGCCCCUCCCGAUCCCUUCUCCCGGCUACCACAAUCAAAACAUCAACCAGCAACUCUCCGGCUCGCCCUCUGAUCACUACACGUCCACCAGCCUACCCUCCGCGUUUGGUCAGUACCGCCCCGGAACCGCCGCCUCCAUCGACCCCUCUGUCGCCAGCUACAACAGCACCGGCAGCACCCUCCUCGGUGGCGACAGCUCCGGCAGCGGCAACCGCAGCCGCGCCAUCAGCAACGUCUCCUUCGGCAGCGAUAGCGCCGCGCACCAGGCCCUGCGGCCCUUCGCCCCAGGAAGCAGCAACAGCAACACAGGCUUCUUCCAGCAACAACACCACAACACCACAGCCGCUACCUCCGCCCUCAACCUCGCUCUAACCACCACCAUCUCCAAUAACACAAACAACACCGCCACGAGCUAUGCCGGUAGCAGCUUCCGCGACCGCGACCAAAACGUCGAGGACUCCAAGCAAGUCACCGACAUGGUCGGCCGCAUGCUGCAAUGCAUGAGCGUGCUUGCCUCCGUCGGCGUAGCCGGUUCGUCUUCUUGUUCCUCCUCCGCUGACGCGACUACACCGACCCCCGGCAACACCAACACCGGCACCCCCAACCCCAACAGCAGCGUUGGCGAUCUUACUAGCACACCCUCACUCGGCGGCGGCGGCGGCGGUUGUGACGAAGAAGAAGGCAACAGGAUGGUAGAGGAGCUGAAUAAACUCCUCAAACUCAACUGGCUGGGCCGUGGGCGGACGGGGAGAAACAGGAGGGGUCUGGUCGGUGCGAGGGCGAAUAACAAUAACAAUAGCAAUGCGUUGAAGGUCCGUCAGACAUCCAAGGAAGGAUUCGCUCUCAUUUAUCCCAGAAAGGCUCUUUAG